AUGAAAAAGAUAAAGCGCAAGCCAUUUGGGUAUGAAGGGACUUACCCCAAGGAAUCCAAUCCUCCACCACCCGAGGCACAGAACAGGGAGGAUCAAGACACCAUUCUUGGGCUCAUUGCGAGCUUGCACCUCAAUUCGGACUACAGCGAUUUGACCAUUUUUUGCAAGGAUAAGAUUUUCUCAGCACAUAGGCUUGUUGUUUGUCCUAGAUCAAAGUACUUUCAAAAUGCUUGCUAUGGCGGGUUUAAGGAAACCGAACAACCGAUUCGACUAAACGAGAAAGAGCCGAUCCUCAUUGAGAAAAUGCUGGAAUUCCUAUAUACAGGAAAUUACACCCCUCCAUGCCCUACGCAACCUUCGGAAAUCGUACAGGCCGAUGGAGGUGACAUACCCGGGAUGGAUAGGCAGCCUGCAGAAGAGCCAUCGCUGGAGUCUCCACCGGAAAAUGAUGUCAUUGACGAAUUCCCCCUAAAUCAUGCAAGCAAGGAAGGAGAUGAAAGGGUCGUUACAAAGCCACUCGUCGAAUCCUUAGUCGACUGUCAUCCAUGUUACUUCCACGUGCGCAUGUACGGCGAAGCGGACUACUUCAUGAUCGACGACCUGAAAAGGAAAGCAGAAGUACAUUUCUGCGCUUCGUUGCUGAGUUCCCCCAAAACAGAGUCUUUUGAAGAGGCCAUUGAGGAAUUAUAUUCGACACGAGCCAAUUACCACAAGCUGAGACAAGUGGCGAUUGGAGUGAUAGUUGCUAAUCUGCCGAAUCUCCGAAACGGACCCGCGCCGGUAAUCACUCCAGAAUUGACGAGGUCGAUUCCCGAUUUUACAUACGAUCUACUUCAAGCCACUCUAGAUAAGUAUGUACAAGACCCGCCAGAUGUGGAAGAACAUAAAGAUCAGUCUCAGUUGAAGGUUGAGUACUGGGGCUCCUCAAGGAGGUACUAG